AUGGAGUUGGACAAUUUAUUUGAUCCUGAAUAUCAUCGGAUUUUGAACAUGGAAGGAGUAAGCGCCGUUCACAGUGGGGAGAAACAGUACACAUGUUCUGUGUGUGGACGAGGCUUUAGCCAAUCAUCUGGCCUAUCAAGACACAAAUGUAGUCACUCUGGAGAGAAACCAUGGAAAUGUGGGGACUGUGGGAAGGGAUACAGAUCCCCAUCAAAGCUGGAAACUCAUCGACGCAGUCACACGGGGGAGAAACCAUUCACCUGUUCCACAUGUGGGAAGGGACUAACUCAGUUAUCCAGCCUGCUGGCACACCAGCGAGUUCACACUGAUAAGAGACCAUUUACCUGCUCAGACUGUAGGAAGGGCUAUGAGAGUUCUGGGGACCUGAUCUGCCAUCAACAUCUUCACACCGAAGAGAGACCUUUCAGGUGCUCUCACUGCGGCACUGGCUUCAGGCGAUCAGCUCAUCUCAUUGUACGUCAGCGAGUUCACACUGGGGAGAAACCAUUCAUCCGUUCUGUAUGUGGAAAGGGAUUUACACGACUUGCACCUGCUCCACAUGUUGGAGAGGAUUCACAACCUCAUCCCACCUGUUGA